CCCUCUAAAAGCGGUCGCGCCGCACGAUUUGAGCAACAGAUCGUGCGAGACUGCGAGUCUCUCAAAUUACUUAAACAAGGAAAAUGGAAGCUCCAAGUCACGGGCGCGUUGAAUAAAAGUUACAGACCGAAGAUUCAUCGGCUGUUUCCAUACCCCUACCUGGAGAUUUCGAUGAGAAGUGUUUUUUGGUGCAAUUAUAUCUAUAAAUUGGGCGCUGCUCGAUUUCCAAUCAUCCCAAGCCCGGUGGUAGUAGAAGCGUAACUUUCUAAGGUUGCGUUUCAUGCGUGUGAAGAUCGUGGUUUUGAAGUAGAAUAAGAAAGAAUUAGAACCAGUCGGAGCUAUAUACAAUGGAUCAGUGCACCAGGAAUGCCUUCGCUGAAGAAAGAUCGACUGCGAACAAGGCUCAGAAAAGGAAAAGAACUGGCAAAAAACAUGCAAACAUGAGAAGAUUAAAAGCAAAGAUGGCAGAGAUUGGUGAACAACAAAAACGUAUUAAAAAGGGGCAAAUGGAAAUCAGAGAGAAGUUUGAAGAGAUUGAAUUUGAAUGCGAUCAACUGAGAAAAGAAACGUUGCUUAUAUCACAACAGGCUGCGUGCAAUCAACAACGCCUGAAUCUAAUGCUCAAGAUCGUGAAAGCACGAGAAGACAAUAAUUUGUCUGAAGCUGACAGGCUUAUUCAAUGUCUUCGAGAAGGCAUGAUGAAGCAAACAUGGAAAAAAUUAUGAAUAUGUUCAGAUGCAAGGGAUGAAUCAAUGAGAAGAACAAAUAAUAAAGGUCCCGGCCGUCCAUUUCAGCACUGGAGUAUUAAAAAUGGCUUGUGUUCUAGCUAUAUAUCAAUGGCAACAGCAGACUUUUGUUAAAAAAAAAAUUAAAUAAAUAAAUUUUCGACUUCCAUGGUUGAGUGUCAUUGAGUAGUACCCUACUGUCGAGGUGAGGCAGCUAGCAUUAUAGAAUCGCCCCUUCUAAGUCUCUGUAACCGGUUUAAGUGUGUUUGGUUUGAAAAAAAUAAUUUAAUAAAAAUUAAUUUUAAUUGAUAA